CAGUUUCCAUGCAAGUUUUUCUGCAUCGAUGAGUCAGGUCAAGAUCAUCUGACUGACAUUUGCAAUAGUUUUACUGCACUAACCCAGAUUUCACAAAAUUGCAACUGUGCAACAUUUUUAUUUCGUUUUUUAAUCGCACUCACAAACAUGAAAAUAAAAAUAAUAGUCACGUAUUUAAGUGUACUGUUCCAAAUAAACCCAGUCAUUGGAGAUGAACAAGAAAAGUAUCCAAAAUCUCAAUCCUUCACUCCAUCCGAGGUUGAUGAAAUGGUUGCACAAAUUUUUGAAACUUUAAAACCUUCCGAUUUCGACAAUGGGGCCGGGCCCGGGGUAGGAAUUGAUUUGGAGGAAGAAAAAAUAAAAUUUAAAAAACAGUGGUCACGUGAAAAUAAAAAUGUUGGCGAUAAACUGAAAGGGUUGGAACUCGUUUUAAAAAAUAUUAAGUUAAAACACGCCGAUUUAGAAAACUCGGAGAGUUUUAGUUUUGCGGAAAAUUUAGAAUUUUUAUUAGAUUGUAACAAAAGGGCGAAAGAGUUAUUGAAUGAGGCUACAAAAAUCGGAGCAGUCUUUGAUUUUGAAAAGGGGGAAAAACUGCAGCAAGAUUUUUCUAAAGCAAUCGGUAUCCAUACGGCUUUUAACUCCGCAAUCACGAAGACUCUGGAGGAUUUUGAAAGUAAUAAAUUUCCUAAAGAAGAAAUGUUGUCUAAAGUUUACGAAAUUCGGGGAAAAUAUCCAGAAGUCUUUGAUAUAACAAAAAACGACGAUUUUGCAGAAAGAAUGGCUUCCUCAAUUAAGAACGUAAACGAAGUUGAUGACGCAAUGAAAAAAGCUGCAGAAUUGCUCUAGAAAGUUCAAGAUCUUGACGAAGAGUGGGCCAAGGCAAGUCUGUUGGCCCACCUCAAAAUGGAAGUGGAGCCCUUAAUCGUUCUCCCGUCUCAGAAAGUGGAUCAACUUUUAGACGUGACGGUGAACAUGGAUGUUUUGCUGAGUCUUUUGCAAAAGUAUAAGGAAGGGCUGCGGAAUAAUAUUUUGACAGAAAAAAAUUCAGACUUCCGACAAAAAUUGGAAUACGAUCUUAGGAAAAUUGUAAAGGAAACUAUUCCAGACUUAAUUGGCCAGAAUUCCACUCGGGCUGAAUUUCAAAAACUGGGUUACACCACGGCUGCCUAUUCGUUUAGAGGAAUGGCAAAAUUGCACAUUUUCCAUGACACGACUAUCGACGUGAUUAAAGCAUCUCACACAAAAACUGAGGAUCUGCUCAGAACUUACCUUGACGCUGUAAAGAAAGGAUCCGAUCUGCAGGAAAAAGUACGAAAAUCAAUUGAAGGAGGGGAAAAUACCCGCUCCACAAUUACGCGAAACGAACUUUAGAUUAUGACCUUUAAUAAAAUGUGCCAUAUUUGGAGACUUAGCUUUGAGACUUCAAAAAAUAAGUGAUUUUAUUUUACCAUUAAGAAUUUUCAAUCUAGUUAUUUAUCCAUAAUAUGUAUUGAGAAAUAUUACAAAUUUUAUGAAACAUGUUAUACACAAAAGUAUUUAUGUAUGUACAUUUGUGUGAUUUUCAAUUUAUAAAUAAAUAAAUGUCGAUUAAGCAUGUCUUUAUUUAGCAAAAUUUGGUACUAUUGUCCAAAAUUAAACAAAAAGCCUUUAAAUAAAUCACCUUACGCGUUUGUCGGUAAAUUUUCAGCAAUUACAA